AAACAGACCAAAGGUGAGACGCCGUGCGGCUCCAGACCGGGCCUGGUCAGCUGGACGGGUGCACAAUGAGGCUGCUGGUCUUCCUGGGCUUGCUGUGGGGCUCAGCAGCCACACUCCCCGGCCCACAGUGGCCUGAGCCCGUGUUUGGGCGCCUGGCAUCGCCUGGCUUCCCCGGGGAGUAUGCCAACAACCGGGAGCAGCGCUGGACCCUGACGGCACCCCCCGGCUACCGCCUGCGCCUCUACUUCACCCACUUCCACCUGGAGCUCUCCUACCUCUGCGAGUACGACUAUGUCAAGCUGAGCUCAGGGAGCAAGGUGCUGGCCACGCUGUGCGGGCAGGAGACCACGGACACGGAGCGCGCCCCCGGCAAUGACACCUUCUACUCGCCGGCCUCCAGCCUGGACGUCACCUUCCGCUCCGACUACUCCAACGAGAAGCCGUUCACGGGCUUUGAGGCCUUCUACGCAGCAGAGGACAUCGAUGAGUGCCAGGUGCCCCCGGGACAGGCACCUCCCUGUGACCACCACUGCCACAACCACCUGGGUGGCUUCUAUUGCUCCUGCCGCAGGGGCUACGUCCUCCACAGGAACAAGCACACCUGCUCAGCCCUGUGUUCAGGUCAGGUCUUCACCGACCGGUCGGGGGUUCUCAGCAGCCCUGAAUACCCGCAGCCAUACCCCAAACUCUCAAGUUGCACCUAUGGCAUCCAGCUGGAGGAGGGGUUCGGCAUCCUGGACUUUGUGGGGUCCUUCGAUGUGGAGACACACUCGGACACCCAGUGCCCCUACGACACCCUCAAGAUUCAAACCAACAAAGAGGAAUAUGGCCCAUUUUGUGGGACAACGUUGCCCCCUAGGAUUGAAACUAAAAGCAAUGCUGUGACCAUCACCUUUGUCACUGAUCAGUCGGGGGACCACACAGGCUGGAAGAUCCACUACACCAGCACAGCUCAUCCCUGCCCUGGUCCGGUGGCGCCACCUAAUGGCCAUAUCGCGCCGGUGCAACCCGAGUACAUCCUGAAGGAUCGCUUCGCCGUCUUUUGCGAGACCGGUUAUGAGCUUCUCCAAGGUGAUUUGCCCCUGAAAUCAUUUGCUGCGGUCUGUCAGAAAGUUGGAUCUUGGGACCAGCCGAUGCCCAAGUGCAGCAUAGUUGACUGUGGCCCUCCUGAUGACCUACCCAGCGGCCAAGUGGAGUACACCACAGGCCCUGAAGUGACCACGUACAAAGCGGUGAUUCAGUACCGCUGUAAUGAGAUCUUCUACACAAUGACACCUGAUGAUGGGAAGCAUGUGUGUGAGGCUGAUGGAUUCUGGACGAGCUCCAAAGGAGAAACAUCACUCCCAGUCUGUGAGCCUGUUUCUGGAAUAUCAACUCGUACCAUAGGAAGUCGUAUAUAUGGAGGGCAGAAGGCAAAGCUUGGUGAUUUCCCCUGGCAAGUCCUGUUAUUAGGCCAAGCUACAGCAGCAGGUGCACUCCUGCAGGACAGCUGGAUCCUAAUAGCUGCUCACGCUGUAUACGUGCAGAAAGCAGCUGCCUCCUCCUUAGACAUCAGAAUGGGUACCCUGAAGAGACUGUCAGCUCAUUACACACAAGCCUGGGCCGAGGCCAUUUUUAUACAUGAAGGUUAUACUCACGAUGCUGGUUUUGAUAACGACAUAGCACUGAUUAAAUUGAAGAACAGAGUUGUAAUCAAUAACAACCCCUGUUUGCCAGGAAAGGAAGCUGAAUCCUUCAUGAGGACAAAUGACAUUGGAACCGCAUCUGGAUGGGGAUUAACCCAGAGGGGUUUUCUUGCCAGAAAUCUAAUGUUUGUUGACAUACUUGUCGACCAUCAGAAAUGUACUGCUGCGUAUGAGAAGCACUCCUAUCCAGGGGGAGGGGUAACGGAGAACAUGUUUUGUGCUGGCUUAGAAGGUGGGGGCAAGGACAGUUGUAAAGGGGAGGGGGGGGCAUUGGUGUUUCUAGGUAAUGAGACACAGAGAUGGUUUGUGGGAGGAAUAGUGUCCUGGGGUUCCAUUAAUUGUGGGGAAGCAAAUCAGUAUGGAGUCUACACCAAAGUUAUUAACUAUAUUCCCUGGAUCAAGAACAUAAUUAACAAUUUUUAAUUUGUAGGUCUUCAGUGAUUCCUUAAUUUUAAAAAUUCCUGUAAAAGGUCUUAGCAGCCAUGUGGCCUGAGAGACACGAACACAGCAGUUGUCGCUCUAACCCCCAAACCACUGCCACACCAUGGGUCAGACUGCCAUUCCGGGCGCUUCUCCUUCGCCAGGUUUUUCGCCUCUUACUCUCUGAUUCAAGGGGACACGGACCAUUAGGUGGGAUCACUUUUGCCAAUCCAAUAGGAACUCGCUGGUUAAAUCUGCAUUUAAUUACUUACAAAAUCCAGUAUAUUUUGUACUGGUUAUCUACAUUUCUACGAAUUGCCUGUUCAUGUUCUCUGACUACGUUUCCACCAUGUCGGGGCUUGUUCUUACUGAUCUCUAACACAGCUUUAUAUAUUAUAGCAAUAUUGGCUCAGGGAUAACACUGAAUCAUGAUUUUUUGUAAAUAAACCAGACCCAUCGAUACUUUGGCUUAGGUAUUGACUGACUCCCAUGUCUAAAAACCAAUACCACAAAUUGGUGAGAUCUAAUUUUUCACUUACCAAAUUGGCAGACAAAAAACAUGGAAUAGCACUAUUUCACAUUGUCAAAGACAACACACAUUUUCUAAAGGCCAAUUUGGCAAUAUAUUUGAAAAGCCUUGAAAGCAUGCAUAGUCUUUGACCUAGUAAUUCCGAUGUUAAGAAUUUAUUUUAGCUGUGAGGAUGUUCCUGGCACUUGGAAAUAGCCUAAAUAAUGUUCACAUACAGAAAAACGCUGAAUCGAAUGUGCCAUUUCCUUAAGAAGAAAUACAUUAGAAUUCAGUGGUGUUAUUAUAGAUAAAUCUAUAGUGUUUUCUUCUUACAACGAACAUGGAAAUACUUGGGCACACUUAACGAACAACGGAUCACAAAUCAUACAAUAGCUGAGUAAAGUAUAGAACUCAUACACAAUUAAGAGCUACUCACCUAGUACUCAACAACAAAUUAUUCUAAUUAUCACAUACAUCUUCUUUUUCCUAAGGACACAAUUUAAGCCGACUCAACCUUAAAAAUCUCAUGUCAUUUUUGUUGGCUGUUCCUCCUUAAAAAGUUUUAAUAGGUUAACAUUUAACAAAGGGUUUCAUUCUAGCCAAAUAAUUAUCACUCAUGUAAAAAU